CCCCGAGAAUGCAGUAACCAGCUCACAUACACGCGCCGCUACGGGAGCCCCCACCAGCAGAGAGAGAACCAGAGCCGGACAUGCAGCGCCUCGCCUCCUCCCGGAGGCUCCUCCAGGCCGCGCUCGCCCCCGGCCGGGCCAACUCUAGCCUAUCCGCCGCCGCAGCCUCCGUCGCCGCGCCCGCGCCGGAGAAUGACGCCGCCCCGAAGAUGCCGCGCUUCGACUACACGCCGCCGCCGUACGACGGGCCGCGGGCGGAGGAGAUCUUCCGGAAGCGGGCCGAGUUCCUCAGCCCUUCCCUCUUCCACUUCUACGACCGCCCGUUGAACAUAGUCGAUGGAAAGAUGCAGUACCUGUUCGACGAGGAUGGCCGCCGUUACCUGGAUUCUUUCGGUGGCAUCGCAACAGUUUGUUGUGGGCACUGCCAUCCUGAUGUGGUGGAAGCCAUAAUCAAGCAGUCAAAGAGGAUACAGCAUUCCACAGUUCUAUAUCUCAAUCAUGCCAUUGCGGAUUUUGCCGAGGCAUUGGCAUCCAAAAUGCCUGGUGAUCUGAAGGUUGUUUUCUUUACAAAUUCUGGCACGGAGGCAAAUGAGCUUGCACUGAUGAUUGCACGGCUUUACACUGGCUGCAAUGACAUCAUCUCGCUUAGGAAUGGAUACCACGGGAAUGCUAGUGGAACAAUGGGUGUUACCGCUCAAUCCAACUGGAAAUUCAAUGUUGUUCAGACGGGAGUGCACCAUGCGCUUAACCCAGACCCCUACAGAGGUGCUUUUGGUUCAGAUGGAGAAAAGUACGCCAGAGAUGUUCAGGAAAUCAUUGACUUUGGGACUUCAGGGAGCGUCGGUGGUUUCAUUUCAGAAGCCAUACAGGGGGUUGGCGGAAUAGUGGAGUUGGCACCGGGAUACUUGCCUGCGGCGUACAAUAUAGUAAGGAAAGCCGGUGGCCUCUGCAUCGCGGACGAGGUCCAGGCGGGAGUUGCAAGAACUGGAAGCCACUUCUGGGGAUUUGAAGGCCACGGUGUCAUCCCAGACAUAGUUACCAUGGCAAAGGGUAUCGGAAACGGCAUACCGGUAGGAGCCGUUGUGACAACGCCUGAGAUCGCUAAGGUGUUGACCCGAAGAAGUUACUUCAACACCUUCGGCGGUAACCCUGUCAGCACCGCAGGCGGGCACGCCGUUCUCAAAGUGCUGGAGAAGGAGAAGCUCCAGGAGAAUGCGUUUGUUGUAGGCUCCUAUCUGAAGGAACGGCUGAACAUGCUGAAAGAGAAGCAUGACAUCAUCGGUGAUGUUAGAGGGAGAGGCUUCCUUCUUGGAGUUGAGCUGGUGACGGAUCGCCAAGCGAAAACCCCGGCCAAAGCUGAGAUCUCGCGUGUCAUGAACCACAUGAAAGAUAUGGGCGUGUUGGUUGGGAAGGGUGGGUUCCAUGGGAACGUGUUCAGGAUCACACCGCCGUUGUGCUUCACCAAAGAGGACGCCGAUUUCUUCAUUGAGGUGAUGGACAUUGCGCUCUCGAAGCUGUGAGGCAGCUGGGCGAAGCUGGUGCCAUGUACAUUCGUCGGUCCCUUGGCUUGGGAUUGUUAUACAUAAAUAAGAGGCGAUUAGUGAGACAGCACCUCGUUGUCUCAUAAUCUGUCUUGCAGACCCAUGACGCCAAGAUGCUCACCAGCUCCAGCUGUCAUCUAGUCUGCUGUACUUUAAUAUUUCAGCUUGUCAUUCUGAACAGCGACUGUUCGUGACCAAUAAUCUCUUCUUCCUAA